AUGAGCCCGCACAAGCGGCUCGGGAAAGGCGCCCCACGCCCGCGGAAUUCGCUGCACAAGACAAGGGCGGCAUCCAGAUGCGGGUUUUGGGCCGGGCACUGGGUGGCAACAGUCACACUUAGCACAGUGCGAGCGGCAGCCAGUGAGUGGCGGCGGGCGGGACCGGCAGCCUUCGGACACAGCCUCGGCCUCCGCCACGGCUUGGAGGUACUGGCCCAGGGAGUUGCGGCAGCCAGUGCGGCCAAACAGGAGUCCAAGGAGCCCCGCCCCGCGGAGAACGCUCCCAAGCCCAGGAAUGACUUUCUUGAGAGCCUGCCCAAUUCCGUCAAGUGCCGCGUCCUGGCACUCAAAAAGCUGCAGAGGCGAUGUGAUAAGAUAGAGGCCAAAUUCGACAAGGAAUUUCAGGCUCUGGAGAAAAAGUACAAUGACAUUUAUAAGUCCUUGGUCACCAAGAUCCAAAAGCUCACGGGCGAGAUGGAGGAGUGUGCGUGGACUUUGGAGAGGGAGGACCAGGAUGAAGACGACUGUGAAGACGAGGAGGAGGAGCAGGAGGAGCAGGAGGAGGAGGAGGAGGAGGAGGAGGAGGCCGCCACAGGAGCUAGCAGUGCCUAAGUGCCCCAGGACGCCAAGAAGUAAGAGUGUCAGGGAAGAUGCCAGACACCCUCCUCCCGUUAUUUUAAUAUUAGUGGACUUCAAAGGGCUCAGGUUUUAGAUAAAAAAUACAAUGUGAAUUUAUUCUGACAUUCCUAAAUUAAAGCAAUUAGAUGAUC